AUGGGUCACAAAAGAUUGAGAGAUGAUGAAGGCGAUGUAUUGAGAGAUGACGAAGGCGAUGUACGGGUUCGCUCCGAGUUCCCGAUCACCUGCAGUUCUUGCCUCAAUCCGUGCGUCCGAAAGAGUUGGAGUGAGGAUGCUUUGAUAAGGCGUGCAAGACUUGGAUUCAGCCAAGAGUCUUUCAUUCCUGCAGCACAUGAGAUGCCCACUCAUCCCUCAGGAUUGGAUGAUCCCUUUGCAAAUCCUAGCGGUCUCCGGAAUUUGGUACCACCAGAGGAUAAAAGCAUCAAAACGCUUGUCCUCCGAGGAGAUAACUUGAGAUACCUCGAGCAGGACAUGCGUGAAAAGUUUGUCUCCUAUGGAGAAAUCGAAUCUAUCCAUGUCAGAUCCUUGGCCUUGGAUGACUGGGCGUAUGUCACAUACAAAACCCGACAAGGAGCUGAGAAGGCCACCCAAGGGCUUGACGACGACUGGCUAGUCGUCAAUUGUCAGUGGCUAAGACUAGCAUGGGUCCGCGAAUCUCAUCAGGAUUCUUUGAACCAAUUUGUCAAUGUGUCUCAGAAAUUAGCUUCUUCUUCCGACGUGCCAGUCCUUUGCGACCCUUGCCUUUCGAAGAAGCCCAAGAAAAAAGUUGCAAGGAGGCCAGAAUCCGGUGAUCAUCUUGUAUACAAGAAGGAGACGCCCAGACAAGAAAGAGAGCGCCAUCGACAAGAGACUUUAAGCAGGCCAGAUGUGGCAGCGUUACAUGCAGAAGCUGGUCCUUGCACUCUGGAACCGCCAAAGGAUAAAAGCGUCAGAACUCUUCUCGUCCGUGGACUUGACGAGAGUGUCCUCGAGCAGGACGUGCGUGACCACUUUGUUGCUUAUGCAGACAUCCAAUGUGUCACUAUGACAUACACGCACGGCUGGGCCUGGGCGUUUGUCAAUUUCACAACCCGACAAGCAGCUGAGAAGGCCAUGCAACAACUCUCCGAGGGUCUAGUCAUCGACGGCCAGAGGUUUCAGGUCACAUGGGCACAGCCUUUCUUCCCCGAACCUGAUGAAAGUAGUUCGAACCAUGAUGACUGA